GCAUCCUGCAGGAGGAGCAGAGACAGGGAGGAGCAUCCACCUGCUGCAACCGGGGCUCCCAGCCCAGCUCCGUGUGCCACAGUGACUGCUGCAGAGGGGGCGACACUCGCCACUGAACCGGCAUACCGAGGGGCACUCGCCGCUCCAGCGUCUCACGGGCCACCCUGAUCCAGCGCAGGAGAGGACACUGCCUGCCCCCGGGCCGCUACUCCCCGAUCUCUCCCCAGAAGCCAGAGGAACUGCACUAGCAGGCACAGGGGGCAGCCAUCCUCCAGACUCCUCCACACGGGCAUCAAGCACCACCCCCCAGUCAUGUGAGGCUGCCUUCCCCUAGGAUUUGCAGUCAUCAUUGAUAGAGAGCCAACGUGUCUUCGCAUGGGUCCUCUUGGCAACAGGCUGGACACACGCAGUGAGGUAUGGAGUGAGCAUCACAACGAUAAAUUGAUGGACGUCCAGGAGGAAAAAGACUCUGCCGUAGAAGGAGCCAGCACCCUUCUCAUUAAUGGGAUUAAUGGAAAUGAACGGCAUGAUCCUGAAGAUGAUGUGAAAUCCUACGAUGCUGCAGAUGCUGUUGUCACGUUCCCGGCCUUAACACAGAAGGAAAUUCACGCCUGUCACAGAGCAUUGCCAGCCCUUACUUCUAAGGAGCCCUGUUUGCUGAGUCCCCCUUCUCCCUUGAGGCUUUCUGAUGCAGCUGAACACAUUGUCAGUGACCCCUCUGCUCAGGCCAUAUCUUUGACAACCUGUGCCACCAAAGGUCUGAGUUCCUGGUCAUUACCCAGCGACAACGAUAAAGCACCGUUUAGUAUCAUGGAACCUGGGGCCAUGUCAGCUUUAACCGGUGACUGCUUGAUGCAACAGAGUCGGACCUGUUUAGGUUGUUUCAUAGAAUCUAAAGAUGGAGUGGACCCUGAGCCUGGCAUCAGUUUGAAAAUGGGAGAUAUACACAGAGACUUUGACACGUGUCCAGUGUCUGACAUUGGGAUUCACUGCAUGAGCACAGGGGACAGUUUGAAAUACGGCGAUCAGCUCCUGUCGGACCAGCUACUUAGCUUUCCUGUUCAUAAAUCCCAGGAAGUGGACAAAAGAGACCCAGAAAGGUCUGACAGCGACUCAGAGGACACCACACAAAAGAACUAUUAUGAGGGAUUGCUGCUGGACAAAUGCAAUGGCGAUGAGGCGUUACUGUCCAAUACAAACCAGGAAUGGGGUUAUUUUGAGUCAUUCAUUAGUGAAAGCAAGAUUGAGCUACUAGACCUGUGCUCGAAGAAUGAGUUGUCGGUUAACUUGUUUUCAGAGGAAGAUGUGGAUAAUUACAUGUUUGAUGAUGAUGACUCGACACUUGGCAGUGACGUGUGCUCUUUGAAGAUCAGGUAUGAAUCGUUCCAAGAUAAUGUGAGGGAGAAGACAAAUUCUCUACAAGAGGAUGCCCAGUUCAACUUCUUCCCUAGUGUUUUCACUAACUGCACCAAAAGGGAAAACAAGAGCUCCAGGAAGGGGACUGCUGCAGAUCCUGGCCACUUCAAACUCGAAGAAGGUGAAAUCUGGGAAGAUGAAGAUGAAGAGGAAAAUGAUGAAGAUGAGAAUGAAGAGGUAAAAUCCAGUCUGAGUAAAACUUGUGGUAGCAUGGAUGUUGUGCAGUACAUCAGUGCUAAAAGAAGCCACUUUUUGGAUUCAGUUAACUCAGCUGAGGACUCAGGAGAGUACAGCGAUGAUAGCUCAUGCAGUGAGUCUUCGUAUGAUGUACUCGGAGAUAUCAAAGACUGCACCAGGUUCCUGUCCCGUGAGCACUCCCAUUCCCUUAUACAGCCUAACUAUGGUCUGAGGGUUAAGAGGAAAGUUAGGUACAGUGAUGACUAUUUGUAUGACGUGGAUUCCCUUGAAAAUGAGAAAGUUGUAGAAAAGAAAGAAGGCAUCCCGGAUGGACCAAAAGAAGAAGAUGAUGAUGACUGGUGCCCCAAAAAACGGAGGAAAGUUUGCAGGAAGGAGCCUCCUGUCAUUAUCAAGUACAUAAUCAUUAACAGGUUCAAAGGAGAAAAGCACAUGUUGGUCAAACUUGGAAAACUUGACCCCAGUGAGACAACAGUAAACUUGAGUGAUGAGCAUAUGGGGAAAUACCAAAAGCUUGCACCUCUAAAAGACUACUGGGAGGAAAGGCGGAGAAACAUGUCAGCUUUAUGUGCAAAAAGUAAUCCCGAUGGCUCAGAAAACCCAAUCCCACCCAGAAAGCGGAAGGGUCAGUUAGCAAAUCGACACAGGUUACAAAGGAUACAAACCAUUGAGCAACCUUUGAGCAGGGAAAUGUUGUCAUCGUAUGAUCGUCGACAGGCAUGCAGCAGUAAGGAUGAUGGUUGUCUUACUGACUUAAAUUCACUAGCCUUAGAAAACGCAAGCUGCAUCAAUGGAUUACACUUAAGCGACAUUGCUGAAGUUAGCUCUGUAAAGUCCCGAUCCUUAGAAAGGGAACUUCAAGGCACAGACCGAAAAGUCAUAAGGAGGAUUAAAUUUAAAAGUGAAGCCAGGUUGAAAUGCAAACAGAUCAAAUUGGAACAGGUAGAUGACAUCACACGUGAUACAGCAGACAUCUUCCCAACCCUUGAGAACCAGGACUCUGUUGCACUCUUGAAAGAGGAGACCAUUCAUGUUGCAUCAGACAAUUCCCAUCCAACUCAAUGCCAUCCAGAUACUGAUUCUAAAAAUUCUUCUUUCCUACAAGCCACCUGCUCACCCAGCAAGCCAGUGCCAUCUGCUCAUAUGAGUACCAAUGUACCCGUUCUCCCUGGAGGCUAUCUACAGACAUUGUUAGAUGCAUCAGAUUCAUCUGGUAGCACUGUUAUCACUUAUUUUGCUCCUCAUCCAUUAGGGCAACAGUCAGUCAACAACAUUCAGACAGAAAAACAAUUCAGUUCCCUGCAACUUGCACAGAGCUGUGUGCUCUCUCCCCCUUCAGAGUCCGAGCUGCAGCAGUCACCCCAUCAGUUAGAUAUGGAGCAGAACUUUCCAGACAUGUGGCAUGACAAGCCUCCCAGCACUCAGACUGAGUUCAUUGCAAACCUUAGGGAAGUGUCCAUCAUAUCCGGGGACUUUGCUGGUUCUGCAGAUGUUUCCGAUGCAGACAUCACCGCCUCUGGAUACAGUCAAAUUAAUCCAAACAGCAGUAAGCAGCUGUAUCACAAAACAUAUGUGCAAGAAGGCCAAAUUCAACAGGAUGAGUCUUAUCAGCCUUGUCAUUAUAGUGGUGGAGAGGGGUGCUUCACUUUACAGAGAGGCACACUUAGCACAGACAAUGGAAGGCUUAUUAGUUUUGACUCUGUAGGUUCACUGUCAGUUAGCUCCAGCAAUUACAGCUCUUUAAGCUUGAAGUCUUGUGAAAAAGAUGGUGAAGAUGAAAUAAGUGAUGAUUUCUUGGCCCACUGUAGCCCCAAGCUUGUGAUUCAACAGAGCAUUGAUGAAAUCACACCAUUGAAGGAAUCUUCUGACCUUCUUGAUAUAUCUAAUUUCACCCCUGAUAAAUUUCGCCAUUCUUCCCUUUCUGAAAUGUCCCCACCAGAUACACCUAAUCUCUCCCCUCAGAUUGCAGGCACAGAAGGGAAGUCUGUAGCAAACCUAAAGGCCUUCCAAAAUAGCACCCAGGUGGUGCUCAAUGGGUCAGAUAAGGCAAAAUGGAAUUGUACUGUGCUUCCUUCACAUGAGCAGGCCAACAACGGCUUUGCAAUGAAUAACCACCAGUUUCAGUUCCAUAUGUUCAACGAUGAGGACUCUGUCAGUGUAUUGGAAAAGGGCCCAUGCCUACCAGUAUUUGAUGAUUCUAUGGGUCCUGUUCAUACCAACGGUAAAACAUCAAAAUCUAAAAAGAAAUCAUCAGCCAGUAAAAAUGCAGGUGCCAACCAAAGCUCCCCUCCAAAAACUAGCAAGAAGAAACCCCCCAAGGCUAGCAAGGGGGCAGAUAAAACACAAGCAAAGACACCACGGCAAGCAGGCCCCAAGACAUCCAAGAAAGGGAAAAAUGCAAACAAUGAUAAAAUCCAAAGUCCUGGGAGUCAACCGGAUUCAUUAAAUAAUGCAACUCCCACCAAUAAGGCUUUAGAAGAUUGCAUGCCACAUUAUGGGCCCAGCUCUUCCAAAGCAGGAAAACACAUUGCUGGUGUUAAUGAAUGGACGCUUGAUAAAAGUAACAAUGGUGUGUGGCCUGAUCCAAGAGCAGGCGGUGCCAACAAUAUCCUUGAUGAUGAUCAAAGGGAAUUUGAGGAACCUUCUAACAUUCUGUCCAAUAUCGCAUCAGGUAUGGCUGAUGUUCAAAGGUUCAUGAUGGCCUCUAUGGAGCCUUUUUAUAAUCCAGUGAAUCAUAACAGCAUUCCUGACAUUGCCAUGUCUCCAGAAUCAAACAGCCUAAAAUUGAAGACUCUUAAAAUCUUGGCUGGGACCCCACAGGAUUUCAAAAAGAAGGUGAAUGGAGGCUCUCCUGGGGGCUCCAAGAAAUCUACAAACAAGGGCUCAGGUAAGAACACCACAAAGUUUGGGGUAUUUGAUCCCAGCUGCUAUGGAGCUAACCUUCACUCAGCCUUUUUUGAUAAGAACUUUGGAAACCUAAGUAUUUUAACAAAUAACGUACCAACCCACAAAAAGCUGUACCGUCAUAAGUCAACAUCAAAAUCUCUGCGGGAUGAAAACUGUAAGGGGAAGAGAAUGGACCAAACUCACAAGGACCCUUCGGUCACAGCUGCAUUUGAAAAACUGAGGUAAUGCUGCACCAAAGUGGCUCAAACACAUCUUUUAUUUCCCUUGCACCUUCUAAGCCUGCUGGUCUCUGUUUAGUUCUCCCUGAAAGCAAAUCUUCAGAAGGUUAAAAGCUGCAUGAUAGUCCUUGCCUUGCAAAUACAGAAAAGGCUGUGCAUGACAUAUGCUAACAUGCUACCUAAUAUGACUGAUUUCUAACUUGGUGGGGUUUUACAGUGACAAAAAACUAAGAAAGCCUCUAUUUUCUGCUGUUUGGCUUUUUUUUUUCCUUAAGAAAUAUUAUGUGCUUCUUUGUUUGUACCACUUUUUUUUCAAACUCCAUGUAAAAACAAAGAAAAAGUUACUUCUAAAAAAAAAUAUGCAUCGAAAACCACAAUGUGGAGUGUAAAGGAUUUUUUUUUUCUUUUUAAAAAACCCACGUUAUUCAGCUUCAUGAGGUCCCACGGUGUGUUUCUCAGCUCCCCCUGCUGCGUGUUUCCAGAUCUGCAUUGCAGAAAAAGAUGUGUGAAACUGCAUUUAUAACCCCAUAUGGAUUAUCAAGAUGACACCGAGCAUUUUUCUGCAGGGAGUCAAGAAUACAUUCAGAGCAGAAUAAAAAAAAUAGGAAAA